AUGUGCGUUUUUAUAAAAUAUCUAUCUAUCGCUGUUUGUUCAUCUAUUAAUCUAUGUAUCUAUCCCUGUUCUAUCUAUCUAUCUAUCUAUCUAUCUCUUGCAUUUCUGAUCGUUGUGUAUAUGUUCAUGCCGGCAAUAUGGAAUCUCACUGGCUUGAUUUACCUCUCUUUUUCAAUCUCGCUGUUUCUCGCACAAAUUCUCUUUUUGGUCUCACGUUACACAACCCCACAGGACGCUUGUCUCUCCGUUGCUUUGACGAUGCACUAUGCAUUUCUGGCGUCUUUCUUCUGGUUAAAUGUCGUUACUAUUAAUGUUUGGAUGACUGUCUGUCGGAAUCCGUGUGAAAUGAUGUCGAGAAAAGGUUGGAAACGAUUUUUCUUCUAUAGUCUAUACGCCUGGCUGGCUCCAUUGUUUAUUAUUAUUCCAGCAUUUCUGCUCGAUAAACAUCGACCUCAGUCCAAAUUGGCUCCCGAAUUUUUUUUAUUGCUGGUAAUAUUUUUUAUCUAUCUAUCUAUCUAUCUAUCUAUCUAUCUAUCUAUCUAUCUAUAUUUCCAUGGCAAAUGUUCAGAUGACACCAUUCUUUAG